CAAUGAAUCCGGUUAAACAGUAGCCCAAACAGAGCUCAACGUAACCCUAAAUGUGGGCAGACCAUCCUAGCGCUAACGUGGAUAUCGUGACGUCACUGCCCUGACGAAAACAAGCCUAGUCAGUUGAUGUUGUGAGGCGCGGAGAUAACAAACGACUCUUUGAGGGGAGCUAAUUCUUACAAGACAUUUCAAGGGAAGCUACUGAGCGUGAGAUCUAGCAAUGGACGACCCUGACCACGACACAAAGAUGGACAUCCUGGUGGUGUCUCGGGUGCUGGACGGCAACAAGGAGCUGGUGCUGCCCAUGUUUUGCCAGAUGAACCGUCUGACGGACACCGGAUGUGAGAUCGUCUGGAUGGAAGUUGCCAGGUGGAUCAAGUUUGAAGAGUACCUAGACGAGGACGCCAACCGCUGGUCCAAGCCCCCACGUGCCGUCCUUGUCCAUGCGAGCCAUGGGCACGCUCAAACGUGAGCUCAGGCACUGUCCGGUCAUGUUUGACCCUGACGUCACGGAUUUCAACUCCCUGAUUGAGAAACUCGUGUCGGCCUGGGUACAGGGUGGCUACAUCGAUAGAGCACUGGAGAACGGGCUGAAGCUGGCACUACACAAGCCCCACAGACACGUACACGAGGGGAAGAUACCACGCCCAGUGUCCGUGGGUUCGAAUCUCCUGGCGGUCAAGGAGCGAGGUCUGGCUGGGUCCAGUGUGUCGCUGCAGUCAUUGGAGAGCUACGCCAGUGAGAGAGAGGGAGCGGAGCAUAAUUCUAACGAGGAUGUGUCAGAGAUGGGAUCACAGAAAGGGACUCCGAAAACUUCACGGAAAAACACAAAGUUCCAGCGGAAAAUCCCGAAGAACGCCGUAGCAACGAACAUCCUAAUCGGCGAGCUGACCUGCCUAAGACGACCCCUGAUGGGGUUGGUCCGCCUCAACCCAUCCCGUCACCUCGGCUGGCUGUGUGAGGUCCGUCUGGCCACCCAGUUUGUUUUCAUCUGUUUGGUGCCUGACAUCAAAAGCGAGACGAAUUAUGACGUCAGAGAGGUCGGCAGAUGUAUUGGUACUCUGAUGAUCGAUCCGAUCUUCAGGGAGGUGGCUGAGAACUGUUCCAGCAGGUUCGAGCUCCUGGCUGGCAUCUCUGAGUUUGUCAGCAACAUGACUGCCCUGCCGUCUUGUGUCUGGGACUCCAACACCAGGAUAGAACCCCCGGCCAGGAUACCGUCACAGGACUUCAGAAGAAUAUCGAAAAAAACUCAAGAAGAAAAAGAAAAACAUGUCGAGAACACAAUGAUCGAACAUGAAGAAGAAGAACCAGAACUCAAAAGAUCAGGAAGACUAUUUGGAGGGCUGAUAGCAGACAUAAAGAGAAAGCUCCCCUGGUACGGCAGUGAUUUCAGGGACUGCUUGCACGUCCAGUGCUUCGCGUCAACCAUCUUUCUAUUUUUGGCAACACUCACCCCUAACGUGACGUUUGGAGGCCUGCUUGGGCAAGGGACAGAACAAUACAUGGGUACUAUGGAGUGUAUUCUAGCUGCAGCCAUAUGUGGUGUUGUGUAUGCGCUGUUUGCUGGCCAGCCAAUGAACAUCCUCGGCUCAACAGGUCCCAUGUUGGUACUGGAGAUGAUCAUUUUUCAAUACUGCAAGGACCACGAAUGGGAAUUUCUGCCUUUCAGAGUGUGGAUUGGUCUGUGGACGACCUUUAUAUUACUUGUUAUCGUGGCCUUUGACCUCAGUUCUCUUGUAAAGUUUAUAACAAGAUUCACAGAGGAAUGUUUCGCUUCUUUAAUAGGAAUUAUUUUUAUAUAUGAAGCUUUUGUUAAGGUGAUUAAAAUCAGUUCCACCCACCCUGUCCAUUUUGGCAGCAUCAAGGACCUGCCAACAUGCCCGUCUACGGAGCCCGCACCAAAUGAAGGAAACAAAUCCCUACUUCUGGCUCUAAUAAACAACAUCACCGACACCCUAACAGGCAACACCACAACACCGAGUUCAUUGGUCAACUCCACCACCUGGCCAACCACAACAACGCUAGCCACGAUAAACACAACAGGACAUACUGGAACAAACUGCCACUCUUAUGUGGGGGAUGUUUUCUUUUUGUCCAUUCUGGAGUUUUUGUUUACAUUUGGUAUAGCAUUCUUUCUCGUCAAGUUCAGGAACAGCAUAUUUUUUCCUAAUGUAAUUAGGCAAAUGUUAAGUGACUUUGGUGUUCUAAUAGCUAUAGUGGUUGUGGUUGGUGUGGAUGCUGCUCUCAAUAUAGACACACCCAAACUUACUGUGCCUGAUAAAUUUUCUCCGACACGUCCCGACCGUGAGUGGUUUAUUGGCCCAAUCCACCCCAAAAACCCAUGGUGGCUGGCCAUAGCUGCUCUACUACCUGCACUGUUGGCCACCAUUCUUGUCUUCAUGGACCAACAGAUCACAGCCGUCAUUGUCAACAGGAAGGAACACAAAUUAAAAAAAGGCUGUGGCUACCACCUGGACAUCAUGGUGUUGGCCAUCUUGAUCACAGUCAUGUCUGUGCUUGGUUUACCUUGGUAUGUUGCUGCUACAGUGUCAGCUCUUGCCCACAUCAUGAGUUUAAAGGUUGAGUCAGAUUGCACAGCUCCAGGAGAGAAGCCAGAAUUUUUAGGUGUCAGAGAACAAAGAGUUACUUCCCUGCUUGUUGGUAUCCUAAGUGGCUUAUCAGUUUUCUUGACAGGAGUUUUAAAGUUUAUUCCACUUCCAGUGUUGUAUGGAAUUUUCCUGUUUAUGGGUGUCAGAUCACUAGAGGGAAUGCAGCUUGUGGAUAGAUUUAUGUUGUACCUGAUAUCCCCUAAGUACCAGCCAGAUUAUCCAUACCUACGUCAUGUGCCUUUACUGAGAGUCCACAUCUUCACACUAAUCCAAAUCUUGUGCCUUGCUGGACUCUGGAUCAUCAAAGCUUUCAAGGAGACCUCCAUUGGUUUUCCAAUCAUGGUUCUUGCUACCUGUUUUAUCAGAAAACUUCUGGACUGUUUCUUUACGCAGUACGAGCUCAGUUGGCUAGACCACAUACUCCCUCCGCUCUCUCCGAAGAAAACCAAGAAUUCUACGUCCUACUCCCCAAAUGAAAGGCCCAAUGGCAUUGUGCCUGAAAUCAGUAUCGACCAACCCAUUGAGAUGAUUGCCCAUAGUGAUAGCAGCAUUGGCCCAGACCACAGCGACAGCCACCAUAAUUCUAAUGGUCUCCACCAUUUUAAAUCUGCUGAACAGGGAAACAACUCUCACAAUUCUGUUGAUCACUCUGAUGUUAGAGUAAUCAUCAGCUAAUCAAAAUUUUUAACCAAGACAUGAAGUUUAAUUGUAAAUAUAAAUUUCAUUGGUGAUUUUUGUUUCACAAGCAGGAAAAAGUUUAAUCAAAAUCCACAGAAAGGUCUUUCAUUAAUCAAAACAAAAAAAUUCCAUUUAUAUUGAAUGUGACAAAAAUCCUUGUUCUUAAAAUAAUGUUGAAUCUGAUUUUAAAAUUAUUAAAUUAUGCUUAUUAUUGUUUGUUUAAAAUAAUUUUUGCAAAUUAUAUUCAUUAAAGAUAAAUGAAUAUCAAAAUGAAAAAAAUUAGAUGUUAAACAAACAUUAAGACUCAGAUAAGAUCAACAGCAGAUGUAAUACAUGCAGAGAAACUAAAAAUUGAAGUUAAAACUGGAUCUGUCAAAUUUAAAAAUCAUGUUGAAAUAUAGAUGUUGCUAUUACAAAGCCCAAUUACCGACUCUAUUCCAUUUUAACCAUUAUAGUUUUUAUAUUUCAAAUCAUAAAUUAAGAUGAAUCUCUGUGUAUGAUUAAGACUAAACUUUUUAAACAAUGGCAAGUCCAACUGUGGUUCU